UGGUCCGCCUCUUCUCUCCUCUCUAUCCUCCUCCGCCGUUGUCCUCUCCUUCCUUUCUCUCUCUGCUUCCUCCACUCCCCCAAACCCCCAUCCUCUCGUUUCCGUGCUCCGUCUCUCAAUUUUCCCUCUAAUAUUUUCCUUCCCUAACUUUCCCGAGAAAAUCUCUUUCUUCUCUCUUAAUUCUUCGAAUCGGAGUUUGGGGAGGGAGAUUUCAAGAAUCGGGAAUGGCUGUUUCAUCAAUGACAAGCACGGUAUACGUCAGCGUUAUCGAAGAUGUCAUCAAUAAGGUCCGCGAUGAGUUCGUUAACAACGGCGGUCCUGGAGAGAGUGUUCUCAGCGAGCUUCAAGGAAUUUGGGAAAUGAAAAUGGUGCAAGCUGGUGUUGUAACUGGUCCGAUAGAGAGAUCCACUGCACCGAAGCAGACAAGUGGUGCCCCAGCCCCUACCCCUCCGGUCCAUGAUCUUAAUGUACCAUACGAAGGAACUGAGGAGUAUGAAACUCCUACAGCCGAGAUACUAUUUCCUCCGACACCAUUGCAGACUCCAAUUCAAACACCUUUACCAGGAAUGGGGGACAACUCGAUGUAUAACAUUCCUACUGGACCUACAGAGUAUCCUGCUGCACAGGAUGGUGGUGGAGCUACUGACAUGAAAUCUGGAAGACCACCUUCAUACAUGCCACCACCUUCCCCUUGGAUGCAACAAAGGCCUCCUCUCAGUGUCGAUGUUAACGUUGCUUAUGUGGAAGGUCGGGAUGAAGGGGACAGAGGAAACUCUCAGCAGCCCUUGACACAGGAUUUUUUCAUGAUGUCUUCUGGCAAGCGAAAACGUGAGGAUUUUCCAUCACAGUAUCACACAAGUGGAUACAUACCACAGCAGGAUGGAGCUGGAGAUCCUGCCCCGGAGGUUUUUGAAGUGGAGGUAAGUCAAGGGAGCAAUUCUAUCAAGGGGCAUGACAUACUCACCAAAGCGAAUAGAGAGAUAUUUCCGCAGGUGGCUGGAUCCUAUGUGAGGAUUCCUCAACUGGAUGGGCCAAUUCCUGAUCCUUAUGAAGAUGUGCUUUCUACACCCAAUAUCUAUAAUUAUCAGGGAGUCGUCAAUGAAGACUAUAACAUUGUGAAUACACCGGCUCCCAAUGACAUACAAGCUGGUACCCCUGCAGUUGGGAUACAAAAUGAUGUUGGAGAUGAUGAUGACGAUGAGCCACCCUUGAAUGAAAAUGAUGAUGAUGAUUUGGAUGAUGUGGACCAGGGAGAGGAGCUAAACACACAGCAUUUAGUUUUGGCUCAGUUUGAUAAGGUGACAAGGACUAAGAGCAAGUGGAAAUGCACACUGAAGGAUGGCAUCAUGCACAUAAACAAUAAGGAUAUUCUCUUCAACAAGGCAAAUGGAGAGUUUGAUUUCUGAUUUGCUUCAGAAAACUUCCUUGCCAUCAAGUGCCAGUUGCUUUUUGGAGAGUAAAUAUGGAAGUGUCACUGGGUGUUCCGUAAUUUUUCUUGAAUUAUUAUUAGUUAAGUGUAAGCUUGAGGGGAGAGGACGAGAUAUUUGAUGCUUCUGAUGUGGGUUGGAUGAUUGGCCAGUUGUACAUAAGGGAAGAGCUUUUUUUGGCCUCCAAAUGGAUGGAUGCUUGUGUUUCCCCAAGUUCACAUUUUCUCUGAUGGAACGUGUAAUUCCAUCGACUCUGUAUACUGACAUUUUGGUUAAUUUACUAAACAUUGCAUUGUUUGUUUACA